AUGGGUCUCGCCGACUUUUUCACUGACGUCGUCUCCUCCCUGGGCUUCACCGAGGCUCAGGCUGAGGCUCCCGCCGCCGACGUCGAGACUUCCACUCCCCAAGACGCCGAGCCCGCUGAGAAGACCGAGGAGGCCACCGAAGAGAGCACUGACUCUGAGCCUGCUGAAGACACCCCCGAGGAGUCCUCCGAGGAGGCUCCCGAAGAGGAGGAGGCUGAGGCUGAGGAGGAGGAGGAGGAGGAGGAGGAGGAAGAGGAGGAAGAGGAGGAGCCUGAGGACAUCAAGCCCAAGCUCGAGGAGGAGUGCGCUCACUCCGCUCAGUGUGCCCCCUAUAAGCACCACUUCGACGAGUGCGUCGAGCGUGUUACCCGCCAGGAGGAGGAUGAGGACUACAAGGGUCCCAAGGAGGACUGCGUUGAGGAGUUCUUCCACCUCACUCAUUGCGCCACCGCCUGCGCCGCCCCCAAGCUCUGGCGCGAGCUCAAGUAA